AUGUCCAAAAAGCCUGUAAGACAAGACUAUAUCAGUAAAGUCAGAUAUCUUAACAACUUACCACCACCUCCAUUAAACCCCAAAUUUAUUAAAUAUCAUACCACCGAGAAGAUAAGUAAUGAAGAAGAAUCUAAUCAAAUAAUAUCAUCAUUAUUCAGAAAAGAAAAUUUCAAGAAUUUGAUUGAAAAUAUCGAUGAAGAUUUUGGUAUGGAAUUGAACUUGAUUAACAAUCCUGGAGUAUUAGAUAAUGACGAUUUCAAGUCCAUUGGUCGUAAAGAUCUUGAAUUACACCCCAGUGAUCAAUUUUUAUUAAGAGAUGCAGGUAUUGGUAAAAUCAGUAAAAGCAGACCAGAAGUUUCGUUCUUAAGAAGAACAGAAUAUAUUGCUGAAAGAACAGUUCCAAAAGCUACAAACACCAAUAAUACUGUUAAAAAAGUUGAAGAAAAAUUCGAUAGUGAAUCCCAAUUGAAGGUAGUUGAAGAUACUUUUGAAAAAUCCCAAAAAUCUUUGAAAGAUCUUGGAAGUUUGAAACAUCCAUCAAAGAGAGGUUUGAAAGCUGUCUCCACAUGGCAAUUAUUACCUGAUACUUCUAAUAUGGAUUCGAAAUAUUUAAAUUUGAAAUUUUCAGGUUCAGCAUCCUUUAAUAGAGAUUUAAAUAAUUUGAAAAAAUCACAAGGUGAAGAAUAUGAUGAACCAUUACAAAAUAAAAUAUUGGAAACAUCCAUCUUCAAACCUAUUACCAGUGCUGACGGUGAAUGGAUGUCAUUGUAUCAACAAAAACCUAAUGAUGAUGUCAAUAAAUUACACGACCAAUUGAAUACUCCAACAGUACCAAAUGAUUCUGAAUUCAAAUUCAAAUUUGUCAAAAAUUAUGAUAUGAAAUUCCAAAAAUCUGAUGAUUCUUAUAAAGAAUUAGCUAUAAAGUUCAUAAGUAAUGAUCAAAAGAAGAGAAAAAUCGGAUACUAUUAUCCAAUUAACGGUAAAAUCGAUUUAAAAACUUAUAGAACUUCAACUAAUAGUCAAGUUAAUAAAUUCGUUGACGAAAGUACUUACACUAAUAUUAAUUUCAACUUAAGAGAACCAAGUGCCAAUGAAUUAAGAAAGAUGGAUGCUAUAAGAAGUGAAUUUGAUCCUAUGGAAUAUGAAGCAGAAGAACAAGAAGAAGAAGAAGUUGAAGAAUCACAAAUCGAAGAACAAGAAGAAGAACAAGAAGAAGAACAAGAAGCAGAAGAACAAGAAGAAGAACAGGAAGAGUCACAAAUCGAAGAGACUGAAGAUAUAGAAACCAAUGAAUCAUAA